AGAAUCCCAGGGACACACCAUGAUCAGGAUCCUACUGCUGUCUGCAUUGGUAGUUGGAGCUCUCAGCUGUGGGCGCUCCACUUACCCGCCCAAGGUGUCCAGGGUGGUCGGAGGUGAAGAUGUGAACCCCAACAGCUGGCCCUGGCAGGUCUCCCUGCAGUACAGCUCCAACGGCAAGUGGCACCACACCUGCGGAGGGUCCCUGGUGGCCCAGAACUGGGUCAUGACAGCGGCCCACUGCAUCAGCUCCUCCAAGACCUACCGCGUGGUGCUGGGCCGGCACAAGCUCUCCACUGAGGAGUCGGGCUCGGUGGCUGUCAAGGUCUCCAAGCUCGUGGUGCACGAGAAGUGGGACUCCAACCAGCUUGCCAAAGGGAAUGACAUUGCCCUGCUCAAACUGGCUUCGUCUGUCUCCCUGAGCGACAAGAUCCAGCUGGCCUGCCUCCCACCUGCUGGCACCAUUCUCCCCAACAACUACCCCUGCUAUGUCACCGGCUGGGGAACGCUGCAGACCAACGGGGAUACUCCUGACAUCCUGCAACAGGGCCGCUUGCUGGUCGUGGACUAUGCCACGUGCUCCAGCUCUGGCUGGUGGGGCAGCACCGUGAAGAACAACAUGGUCUGCGCUGGGGGUGACGGCGUGACCUCCAGCUGCAACGGGGACUCCGGGGGGCCGCUGAACUGCGAGGCAGAGAACGGCCAGUGGGAAGUGCACGGCGUGGUCAGCUUCGGGUCCAGCCUUGGCUGCAACUACUACCACAAGCCCUCCGUCUUCACACGGGUCUCCAACUACAUCUCCUGGAUCGAGUCGGUGAUGGAAAACAACUAACCAAAAGAAGUCUGCACGACUGUUUCAGACUUGGAAAGGUCACAGAAAGAAAAUGAUAUUAUAAUAAAGUAACAACUA